GCAUGUAGUCUCUGGCAUCACUGGAAAGUGCGUGCCCUAUGAUUGCUCUAAUCUGACCUUUUUUUCUCCGGCGGCUCGAUGGACAAGAAGUCGGAUAGAACUUUCGGUUCUUUGAAAUGUGUCCUGCAGGAACGAACUCGUUGCAUUCUGUACUUGAUAACCGUCGCUUUCCUAGUGUUGAGCAUCGUGUACAUAUCUGUCGCGUUCGUCUUGAUGAAGCAGCAACUAUCUGAGGUAAAGAAAGAGCUUAGAGCGAUUAAAGAUUCAAGGACGAGUCUUGAAGAGAAAGAUCCACCUUCGAGGCGUAAAAGGAGAGCUAGCAACUCGCAAAUUUCCGAACUUGCCAGGAGAAUUGCUUUGCUGGAAAGCGGGUAAGGAAAUCCACGGUUAGAGUUGAGAUGCAAAUUUAAGAUGCAGUAGGUAAAGGCGGAGUUUAUUUAAUAGCACAUCUCAUGCCAAUGUCAAGGAACUCUAAAGAUAUUAUAUUAAUAAUAGAGUCGAUAUGAAGGCAGAUUUUACGCCCGGGUACUCCAGUUUUCCCCUCUCCGUAAAAAAACCAACACUUUCAAAUUCCAAUUCGAUCUAGAACGCACGGACACGUUUCAACGAGUUCUUAUGAACUCCUUAGUGCUCCGUGGGUAAACAAAUUACAAUUUUAAAUUACAAUUAAUUACAAAUCAAAGUCUCUCUCAUCAGCAAAGGUGCACUUUCUUAUUUUAUUUUGUUUUUUGAUUCUGCUAAGGCGCACAGUCUCUUUUUUGAAAUUUUGCUGCCCAGGCUGGUGAAUAGAUCAAAACAGACUUUGUCACGCUAAAUUUACUAACUUUAAAAUCGGACCUAAUAAGGAAACUCUAUAUGGACCUCAAAGUUCAGUAGCCGAAUUCGAAUACCACACCCCUCAAAAUUGCACUGUAGUAAACCCGAAAGACUGGAUCUUUCACUGACAGGAAGGUUAGCAAUGAUAAUUAAAUUUAUCAGAAUGAAAUUUGACCAUAAGAAGACUUAACUCAACCUUGAGAACUCUCAAGGUACUUUCUUGAACCUUAAUAAAAUUUGACGAAAUCCAUCAGGAUAUUGAGUAAUUUCAAUUAUUGGUCGUCAAAAACCUUGUACCAAAAUAAUGUCAUCGCGUUCUUUUUACAUUUUUCAAGGGCUAUAGAAUGAUAUAAUUAGUUAGCUGUAAUAACACCAAAGACUGUUUCUCAUGGGAACCCGAGAAAAUAAAUGUCAAAUUUCACAAGAAUUGUGAAAACACAGACAUGACAGACAAAAUUCUUAAAAUUUCAUGUGUAAGAUGUCAUUUUAUGAAAUUGGACAUUCAUUUUCUUGGACUCUCAUAAGAAAUUUUCUUUGGUGUUAUUACAGAUAACUAAUUAGAUCUAUAGCCCUUGAAAAAUGUAAGCAAGAAUGCGAUAUUGAUUAUUCCGGUAGAAGGUCUUUCCACACUGAAAAUUAAAAUUACUCAAUUUCCUGAUGGAUUCCGUCGUAAGUCUUUUUUUUAAAACGUGAAAAUAUCUUCAUAUUCCAGUCUCAACUUAUUUUAAGAGAUUUCCACUAUAUUUGGUUUACAAUUCUUCCCGGUUGAUAACAAGCACACGCCUGACGAGAUUUUACCCUAGAUCCCAUGCGUAUGGCCUGUUGGGGUCUGUUUAGAGGCCAAAAAGCUAUUUAAUGAGCUAAAAAUGGUGAAAAAAUUGUCUAACUUCAUUUAAUUUAAUAUUCGCCUUAAACUUAAUUUUCAAAGAAGGGCGAAAAAAGGAUACCAAAACUACUAUAUGGCGAAAAGGAGAGUCUUUUGCGGAAAAGGUCUAAAGUUCAGCGUAUAGUCUCCACGCUUUUACCCCUGUAGGGUUUAAGAACUAUGGCGAGCAUCAGGUAGCUAAGGGAGUCUGGGAUCCCCUGAUAUCCUCCAAGAUGAAUAUUCGGGCACGUUCCUAUUCUAGCGCAGCGUGUGUUUGAUCGUACAUGAUUCUAAUAGAUUCGUCUAUAAUGCAUAAAAUUCAGUUUGUGACAGUUUUGGGGCGUCAAGUGCUGCUAACAGAAACUGUUUCUCUGUCGCCUUUUUACAGUUCCGUGAAAAUUUCCAACGGUACACGCGGACAGGCAUCACUUCCAGGUUUGUAAUUAAUAUACCAAUUAGCAUUGGUGGGUGCGAGUCAAACUUAUUGGUGAAGUAUGUACAUAUUUUCAGCGCCCAGGACUAUGUAAGGAAAUUCGGAUUCAGGAAUCCAGGAAUUUUUGGCUGGGAAUCUAGAAUCCUGGCUUUGGAAUCUGUAAUACUGCUCAAGAAAACCGGAACCCCUUGGCAUCCGAAAACUAAGCCACUAAGUAGGAAUCCGUCAUUCAGUACGCCGGGGCGAAUUGUAAAAUAAUGAAACACAUAGUAUACGUACUAGAAAACAUUUACAAUUACAGCACAGAAAAGGGGCCCUAGGGCACGAUACGGGCACAUUAUACAAAAAAGCAAACAAAAAAAAAGCCUUGAAGGAUGGCAGACGACAGGGCACCUUAAAAAGAAAGGAUAUUAGUUUUAUGAAUAAUGUAAUCUCUUUUUUUUUUUUCUUGCCCCUCUAUAUCUUUUGCCAUCCAGCAAGGGUUUUUUUUUUGUGCCUUGUGAUUGUAUCGCGAUACAAAGGGCCCAUUAUCUGCCUAAACAUACGCGCGGUUCAAUCUCGUAGACAAACGCGCAAACUUUGUGGGCUGUAAAUUGUACUCAUUUUCUGCCGUUUAACAGAAUAUGCUUACGCGCUACAUUUCGGUGCGCUGUGUAGCUUUUACGUUACACUUCUUGUUUCGUUAUUUUUCACAGGGCGAGAUGGGAGAGAUGGCAUGCAAGGACCUCCCGGAACGCCAGGUAAGUGUUGAUAUCUUCCCUACAGUCCACGAAACCAAGCUCGGGUACCAUAUUUGGAAAAAAAAAACAUCCAAAGUGGUAUUCAUGAUAAUAACGAUGACAAUAACAACCAUCCUAGUUUUCAGUGUCACUGAAGAUCAAAAUAAAAAUCAAAACCAUUCGACAGAUAAAGUCCAGAAUCUGGGAAAUGAAAGGAGGUAAAUAUACAAAGACCCUCGCCAAGAUUUGGGUGGAAAUGUUUUACCCAAAUUUAUAGAGCUUUAUAGAACUUAAUAGAACUUCUCAACAUUACAUAGCUUUUGGUAAAAUAAAAGCUUUCCUAUGUAUCCAUUUUCUGUAAAUGAACCAAGGCCAAAGUGCAAUUGAGAGCUAGACAUACCGCCAAUAUUUCUUAAUUAAAGUAUCUAUUUCACAUAUCUUUCCGAACUGUUUAUUAAUCAUCUUAUUAAUCAUCUAAUUAUGCAUAUUUAUGAUUUCUUAUUAAUAUUAGCAAUUGUUGUCAAUGUUAUCUCAAGUAGUUAUUGCUAAAAACCGUUUUAGUCAGAGGAGUCGCCUUUUUUCUUUCUUUCUUCUCUUCUCUUUUCUUUUCUUUUCAUUUAUUUAUUGUCUUUAGUAGUCCUUUUGUUUGUUGUAAACUAGUUUUAGGUAUUUUAAUGUAAGUAAGUAGCAAACAAGUAAGUAGUAAAGCUGUAACGUAAGUAAAUUUUGUAGUCUUGUUGUAAGUAAGUACCGUGUAGCUGUAUUGUAAGUGAAUGCCAAGUGUGAUUAUAAAAUAAAAUAAAAUAAAAUAAAAUAAAAAAAUAAAAAAAAUUUAUAGAGCUUUGUAUGGAGACUCCAUGCUGCACGGAGCUCAUCCGGAUGAGCUCCAACAUGGCGGACGGAAACCAACAGAAACAUCUGUUACCCGUUUUAUCUACAAAAACGUGAAUUUACUCCUAGUGGAACUCAUAAACAUUAAAGUAAUACUUUUUCUAACACUUGAACUGAUUAGAUAGCAAAAUUCUUCGAAAAACGUCACUUUUUUAUUAACCUAAAUGACAGCUCGCUCGGCCGUCAAGAAAAUGUUGCGUCAAGGAAAAGCUUAGAAAUUCAAGCGUACUUUAUUACAAAACCAAGAACCCUUUUAAAGCGAAAAUUUGCUUGAAAAUUAGUUUUCAGCUGCUCUAAUACACCAUGAAAGUAAAAUCUCAGUAGGAUCGAUAGUAUUGUAGUUUGAAUUUUAGUGACGUCAUGUGAAAACCAGCAAUAGGAUCACGACGGACAAUAACGAAAAUACCCAUAGUAGGAUGAGGAUUGCAAUGUUAAUAAUCAUCGCCACGAGGGGCAGUGACGAUCAGAUGAUGAUGACAAUGAUGAUGACGAUGAUUAUGACAAUGGGGAUGACGACGACGACGAUGACGACGACGACGACGACGAUGAUGAUGAUGAUGAUGAUGAUGAUAAUGAUGACGACGAUGAUGAUGAAGAAGAGACGCUGGGUUCCGUGAAACUGGUCAUGAAGUAUAUUUUCAAUAAUAUGCGGGCAAAAAUAAAUAAAUGAUUGAUGGUAAAUAGAUAACUUUAAAGUAAAUUAAAAAGCGAUAAACUAUCUUUCAGAUUCCCUCUUACAUCGCGUUUACCGUUUACUCUUAAUUAUUUAGUUAGGGAGUUUACAUAGGCGAUAUUAUAAGGAAACAUGUUCAACAAGAGAAAUGAAACAUUCAUCAACUUUUAGGAAGAGAUGGUAGAGACGGAAACCAAGGACCAGCAGGACCACGAGGACCGCCAGGGCCAAAAGGUAGAGGAACAAAAAUAAUACAGCUGCUGAGUGAAAUAUCUUGUUUAGUUAGCCGUAUAUGAAACCUAUUUUUCAAUGCUCAUAUUUUUAGUGUUAACUGUUCAUGAAUCAUGUUUAAGCUUUUUUCUUAAUCUAGAAUACAAUAAACUGAAUGAAACGAGGCUUAGAACUCAAAACAAUUGACCAAGACGAGUUAUGAACGUGGUUAACUUUCUAACACUUUGGAUUGAACAAGAAAAAAAUUAAUAUUGCCCUUUUUCCCUUAAAUUUUCGAUUCGCAAACAAGGGUGUCUAAAUUAAGCGGGUUAAACUCAAGGGAAAUGUAAAGGCUUUCCCCAUCGAUAAUAACGUAUUAAGAGGUGCCCAUAAAGUGGGGUCCUAGGUGGCAGUUAUCUUCUCCGUAAUAUUCAAUGACGUUAGCAGGUCUCCAUGAUUUUAACGUAAGUGUUUGGAGAGUGCUGUCUCCUAAGUGUAAUUCACGUGAGAACAGCGAGCGUUCAUUGCUGAGGAAGACUGUGAGAUAAAGUCGAAAGCUACAAUGCUACGAAAUCUGAGACCUUCAGUUCCGUCAAGCAAAAUUUAUCUUUCAAAUUUUAAUUUCGAGGUCCAGAAUGAGCAUUCACGUGAUUAGUUUUUCUUUGUUUAAUUAGGUGAUAUCGGGCCGGUGGGAAUUCCUGGAGCUCAGGGACCUCAAGGAGAGAAGGGAUCACAAGGAUAUUCGUUAUCAGGCGUCAUAUACAAUAGAUGGGGACGAACAACCUGCUACGGAGAUGCCCUGUUGGUGUAUAACGGUUAGAGUGCAGGGUGUUUCCCCCUCUUCCUUAUAUACAUUGUAGAUAUAAAACACUGGUCUUGACCCUCUUUAGAACUCGAAAAGAACUUUAUUUCCAGCUUUUCUUUUGGGAAAGCAGCUUUAAUUCAAAUUUUGCUCGCCCAGGGCCACUUCCUGACCUUCAAAGUUUUCAAUUUUGUUAGAAGUUGAAAUGCCUGGACUCUUGCCACUAAGCAAGUAAGCUUUAAAAGUUUGAGCAAGUAAGCUUUAAUUCAACUCGUCUGCCUGUCGAAUAAACUCGAAUAAACGAAAUGUCUUUGUUGUUGUUGUUGUUAACAGGAGUAAUGGCCAAUGGUCAUCACAAUUUGCAUGGUAGCGGCUCUAAUUACCUUUGUCUUCCAAACAACCCUAACCAUGGCAAGAACAACGGCGGCUGGCAGGGCACUGCAAUACACAGUACCGAGUACGAAUCAGGGAACUUCUUGGGAUCUAUCCAAAGCCUUACAAACCACGAUGCUCCUUGCGCUGUUUGUUACGUCACCUCACGUGGUUCGCAAUUAAUGGUCCCUGGAAGAAACAAGUGCCCGACGGGAUGGACAAAAGAGUACGGCGGAUACUUGAUGUCAUCGCAUCACGACCAUAAACACGGCACCGAAUUUGUUUGCGUUGACGUGGAUGCUGAAGUUGUACCGGGGAGCCAUCGCGACACGAACGGAGCAUUAUUGUACGUGGUUGAGACUUCCUGCAGUACAGACUUACCGUGUAAACCCUAUACUGACGGUCAUGAGCUGACUUGCGUUGUUUGUACCAAAUAGAUAUCAUUGACACCGUC